AUGUCAAACCUUUCUAAUGCGAUACAAUCGAGUAAGAGUCCUGAAGAGAGAAAAUCAGAAGCACAACAAGAGUUAGAAGAUGAAGAAAGUUUCUCACAUGCAAUACAACUCUGCAGCUCUACUGUGCUACCAAUGGCACUUCAAUCUGCAACCGAGCUUGGUGUUUUUGAUGUGUUGCUAAAAGCUGAUCAAGAAAGACUUGGGUCCUUUCGUAGACUUUAUAGUAUGGCUCCUGUUGCUAGAUUCUUUGCUCGUGAUUCUGAUGGUGUUUCGCUAGGACCCUUAUUGGCUUUGAAUCAAGAUAAAGUCUUCUUAGCUACCUGGCCGGAGCUGAAGAAUGCGAUUCAAGAAGGGGGUGUACCAUUCGACAGGGUUUAUGGCACACAUGCCUUUAAUUAUCCGAGUUUGGACUCGAGGUUUAAUCAAGUUCUCAAUACAGGUAUGCUCAAUCAUACCAAAGUAGUUAUGAAGAAGAUUCUUGAAUGCUACAAAGGUUUUGAUAAUGUAAAAAAGCUUGUGGAUGUUGGAGGUGGUCUUGGGGUCAACAUUAACUCAGUCACUACCAAAUACCCUCAUAUUAAGGGUAUUAAUUUUGACUUGCCUCAUGUCAUACAACAUGCUCCUUCUUAUCCAGGAGUUGAACAUAUUGGUGGAGAUAUGUUUGAAAGUGUGCCUAAAGGAGAUGCCAUCUUUAUGAAGUGCAUACUUCAUGGUUGGAACGAUGAACAUUGCUUAAAGCUUUUGAAGAAUUGUUAUGAUGCUAUCCCUGAUGAUGGAAAGGUUAUUGUUUUGGAGGCAGUUCUUCCUAUUAUACCUGAAAAUGGAUAUGCUUCCAAGUGUAUCUCUCAAGUGGAUGUUUUGAUGAUGACUCUAAAUCCAGGAGGAAAAGAACGAACUAAGCAAGAAUUUGAAGAUUUGGCAACAAGAGUUGGAUUUAGUGGCAUCAAAUAUGAAUGUUGUGUUCGUAACUUUUGGAUUAUGGAGUUUUUUAAGUAA